AUCAUCAUCAUCAUCAUCAUCAUCAUCAUCAUCAUCAUCAUCAUCAUGCAAAGCAUCAUCACUAUCCAAAGCAUAUUCAUGAUGGUAAUAAUUGAUUCAUAUUAUUCUAUUAUAGUGUUUAUUACAAUUAUACUUGAUUACAUCAACUCCAUUUCAAUGGUAUAAACAAUAUACAAUACAUAGUUGUAUAUAUAUAUUUAUAGCUACUUAUACUUUGGUAAGUAUUCUAUAUACAUUAUCUAUAUCAUUUCAUUAUUGGAUUCAAUUAGACAUCAUUUCAUAUCUAUUGGAUGGUAUAUUUCAUUGAUUCAAAUAUAAUAAUCGAGAAUUCGGAAUUGAAUAAAUUACCAUUAUAUUAUAUGCAUUUUAUUAAUUCCAUGGGCGUAAUCGUGAUUAUUACUGAUGCAUUACUAUGGAAACCAAAACGAAUUCCCUUUUUAGUUUCAUACAUUCCUUGUUGUAUGUUUAUUAGUAUAUACAUUGCAUACUUAGAGAUAACAAAUUCAUUAAAUGAUUAUAUAGAAUUACCAAAUUCUGAUAUACUAUCAAUUCUAUAUCGUUUUCUGUACUAUUUAUUACUAUGGUUAAUAAUCACCAUAUUCAAUAUAUUCAGUUAUGGAUUAAUUCGUUUACUUCAUUUAAAGAAAAAAACAGCAAAUGAACUAUUAACAACUUCAUCAUAGUUUACUAUGAAAAACAAAAAAAGAAAAGAGAGAAAAGAAAGAAAAAAGAAGAAGAAGAAGAGAUUGUAGAAUAAGUUGUAUGAUGAUGAUUUCUCUUAAGUUAAUUAUAAGAUUAAUCAAUAUUUAUUAUUGUUUUUAUUUAAUUAUUUGAACAUAUAAACAUUGGUAUAAUGGGGUUAUAGUUCCGUUGGCCAGACACUAUUAACAACAACCUACUGUAGAAGAGAACAAACCGGAUCCUAACGGAGGAAGAAAUUAGGAAGAAGCGCUGAAAGUGGUUAGGACACACAUUGAGGAAAGCACCCAACUACGUCACAAGACAAGUCCUCACAUAGAAUCCUCAACACCAAAGGAAAAGAGGAAGAGCAAAGAACACAUUAGGCCGGGAAAUGGAGAUAGAAAUGAGAAAAAUGAACAAGAAUUGGAUGGAAUUAGAAAAGAAGGCUCAUGACAGAGUGGGUUGGAGAAUGCUGGUCGGCGGCCUAUGCUCCAUUAGGAGUAAUAGGCAUAAGUAAAAUGCAUUUAUCUCGUCCAUUUCAUCUUCGAUCUCAGUCAGAUAUAGUGUAGGGCCAGUGAAAUGUCACUGAG